AGCACGCUGGACAAGGAAGACCUCUUCAAAAGAACAUUUUGCGUCGAGCACAUGGUCUACCAGUCUCAGUGGUAACCGAGAAAAACAGCUUGAAAUAUACUUCAGAUUGUGUUUAAAACCAGUCGAAAACUUAACGGAGACUUUGUUUUUUAUUUGACGUUGUGGUUUGGAAAUCCGUGCAGUUUUUGAACACUUUUAGACUACGAGUUUUUUUAACACGCAAUUAUCAAAGCGGACGAGAGGAACUAUUUACUAUACUGAAAGCGAAGGAAUCUGAGGAUGUCGACUAUAAACUCGAUGACUUGUUACGCAUGCAACAAAACAGGUCAUAUCAAGCGUAAUUGUCCUGAAGGUGGCAAUCGCAGUGGCGGUCGAGAGAGAAGAGGAGGAGGAGGUUCCUGUUAUAACUGUGGAGAGCCUGGUCAUUUUGCAAGAGACUGCUCAGAUAAAGAUAAAAGGGAAACAGGUGGUUCUGAGAGUACCUGUUAUAACUGUGAUGAGCGAGGCCAUAUUGCAAGAAAUUGCUCCCAAGAGAAAAGACUAAAAUGCUACAACUGCCAGCAGGAAGGUCAUAUGGCACGUGAUUGCCCUAGUGAUCCAUCUGAGGGUCCUAAGUGUUACACCUGCAAAAAACCAGGACACAUUGCUAGAGACUGUCGAAGUGUUGAAAAAUAUAUUCAGAAGAGAAUGUCCUGUUAUAACUGUGGAAAUAAGGGUCACUUAUCCCGAAAUUGCUCAGAACCAAAAAACCCAUCCAGAGGAGGAUUCAAGACUUGCUAUAAAUGUGGUGAAGCUGGACAUAUUGCAAAGGAUUGCACAGAAGAAGAGGCUAAAUGUUAUAGCUGUAAUCAACCUGGUCACAUUUCACGCGAUUGUCCAACUGGCAAUGGUGAUUCUAGUACAAAAUCCUCUUGUUACAAAUGUGGCAGAAUAGGGCAUAAUGUUUACAAUUGUUCUGAGGACAACGAGACUGAGAGAAACCCAGGAAAUAAAGCUGGUACUUGUUACAACUGUGGUGGUCGUGGACAUAUCGCCAGUAAAUGUAGCAGUGCUAGGAGAUCUUGUUUCCGCUGUGGUAUGGAUGGCCACCAGGCAAAAGAUUGCUCCAAGAAGGAAGAUGUGUGUUAUGAGUGUCGUGAUCCAGGUCAUAUCCGAAAAAAUUGCCCAAAUUUGGCUCCCCCAAAGUGCUACAGUUGUGGAAAGGAGGGCCACAUAGCUAAAGAUUGCUCUUCUGAGUGAUGAAAUUUUGGACAUUAAAACGGAUGUCGAAAGUAGAACACUGGUAUGAAAAAGGAAUAGUUUGAAGUUUUAAGAAAACUGUGAAUUGUAAGAUAGAUAAUCCAACUAUUUUACUAGGGUAUAUCAGUCUUAUAUUUCACACACGAUAGGUUUAGAGGGAAGGGUUGGAUAAUUGGAAAAAUGGUACUUAAAGAGAUUUAAGAGGUUGUUGUGGUGAUGUGCAGAAAGAAUUUUGUUCCUAUGAGCAUAACAUCAAAGUAGUGUCGAGUUGCGAGUGGAGAAAUGGUAUGUUAAUUGGUUUUGAAAACUGCAUGUACAAAAAGUGUAACUGACUCAACAGCGCACAAAGAUAGUAGAAACAUGGUUUAGUUUAGAGAAUUGGUCUGGAAACCAGGGUUUCAAUAAUACAUUUUCAAACUUUAACAGUGAAAAGCUCCGUUUACACUACAUGAAAAUUUAUUAUUGGCACGGCUGAUAUUGCUACCCGUACAGAAUUUUCUCCGUGCAUAGAUCACCAAUACAAAGUCGGAUGAAAUUGGUUUGUACAGGUCGUGGCAAUAAAUUAAAGUAUAUAAACGGGGCUUUAGGAUUGAGGAAAACAAUGAAAACUCUAAACCUGAGCACAGUGAAACAAUCGUACAAAAGAGAAUGAACAAAAUUUCUAAAAAAGAUUUGAACAGUGAAGCUGUCUCAACAUUAAAUGAUUUAAAUCGUAGCUCAUUAUGACGCUUCGAAGUUUGACGAAUUUUCAGACUGUCCUCUUGACUUGACUGUGUUAACUAUGACGUGAUAAACCCAAUGGUUGGUAGCUUUUCUUUGAGUUACGCCAUUUUUACCUGUUCGAACAAUUUUUAUCUUUUUAAAGUUCAAGAGAUACUUUCCAGCUUUUCUUUUUGUCCUAAUUGUCAAUGUCCAAACCACGGAGUUUUGACAAUGGUGUUUUUCAUUUCGCCAAUUAGUUGUAAGUUAUUAAACAACUGGUUAUUGAUAAGAACAGGGCGUUUAUAAGAUAUCUUAUAACCGCCCUGAUAAGACUCAGGUGUAUAUUCUCGAGAUGGUGCUGUAUACUGAGACUACUAAGCCGGCAGUUGGAAGAGUAUUGGUUUGUGACUCAGAGUAGCACCAUCACAAUAGCGAGGUUCAGAUUUGACUACCACUACGACUACCACAACCUUUGAGGGAAUAUAAACCAAUCAAAUGCGAUAGGUCUAUCAGACUAACCAAUCACGAGCUUAAUAGAUUAGCGAGAGGUAGUGGUAGUGGAAGCUAAAUCUGAACCUCGCUAAUAUAACUGCUAAUGGUCUUGUUUUCUUGGUAUUGACUUGUAAAUGAAAAUUUUGAGUAACGGCUAGAAUAACUCGACAAUUGACGUGAUAAGUUGCGGGCGUUUGUCCCGCCCGUCUUUCCCUUACUCUUUACUCAUUUAAUACCUCGGGCCAAUAUUUUUGAAAUAGAAUUGUUCACCAUUCAAAUGAACUUUUUUUUCAUUUUAUCCUAAUUGCGCAAAGUUCAAACCCGUUCUGCCUGAGUUUAAAAAGGCUUAGGAAAGGUUUUUAUUUUGACGCUGUUCACAUGAGCUUAUUAUGAUUGUAUGAUACACACAGUGUAAUUACAUUGUAAAUAUAUAACACAAAUACACAUAUUCCUACAUAAUACCAGGGUGCGUAUAUAUAUAU